GCUGCCCGUGGUUGUGUAGCCAGAGAAUGUUUACCAUCCGUGUGAAUGAGUAAAUUUUCCCUGAUGAAAAGAGCGUCGAUAGAGAGUAAAAAGUAAAGAAAUUUAGCUUGAUGUUAAGUGAUAUAGGUUACCACAGUUAACGAAGCGAGGUUACAGUGUUAGUAUUAACAGAGUAUAAAGUCUUAAUUGAACGUCUUGACAAAGUAGACUUGCUUUGUGAUUGUUGGUUACAGCUGUAUGAACAAAGGGAAAAGUGUAUCUCAUACGGGCCUGUGGAUGGCCUUUCUUGUUUUCGUAUUGGGCUAUAACGUUAAAAAAACUCCGCUUCCCGUGUAAAAUUGGCUGCAUAUACACAUUUUGGCGAAUCCCGAAAGCGUUUGUACUUUCCAGUGUUUGAUGAGCAAAGCAAGUUGUUAAAAUGAAAACUGAGGUUUCGGCUGCUGCGAGUUUCAUCACCAGAUUGCUGAAAACUACCGGACUUUUGACGGAGAAUCAACUCGAACAGUUCAGCCUUUCGCUGGAGAAGGCUUUGGGAGAGCACUAUCAGCACCACUGGUUUCCUCAAACCCCCUGCCGAGGUUCGGGUUACCGAUGCAUUAGGAUCAACCACGAAAUGGAUCCUCUGAUCGCCAAGGCAGCGAGUACCGUAGGACUCUCCCAGGAGCAACUUUUCCUGCUGCUUCCGAGUGAACUGACGAUGUGGAUCGACCCGUACGAGGUCUCUUAUCGGAUAGGGGAAGACGGAUCCAUCUGUGUUCUUUAUGAGUCCAUGCCACCGCCACCAGUACUGGCAAAUGGAGGUUCCACCGAUAAAAGGAUCAGUUGUAAGGAUGAACUGAGAAUAAGGAGGUCAAGUUCCUCUAAACCUCUUAGUAUGAUGACUGUUUCGAGCUAAUUUUUUUUCUCGUAAUAAAAAGGCUUAUUUACGGUCUGUAUUUUCCUACAUUUAAUGUAGAGCUACACUUCUAAGACAACAAAGAUUAGCGAUAGAUUUUAGUAUUAUUAGUAGAGAACGUGUGUCUAAAACUUAUAGCCAUAGAUUGUACCGGGAUGUAUUCUUUUAAAUGGAUCUUACACUGAUGUUGUAAAUGUUUUACAAAGUGAUAUCAAAGUAAAUUGAUGAUUUCCAAUAAAGCUCUGAUGUCUA